AUGUCUGCAACCCCCAAAUGGACCGAUGUCGCCAACAACACCAAUCCUAUUUGGUAUAAAGAUGCGUCCUUGCGUCGGAACGUGGCCCUUGGCCUGGGCCUCUACCAAUUAGGUCUUUUGAGCGGAUUCCAGGCGAUGCCUUCCUGGCAAAAGUACUUCAACAACCCUAAAGGCGCGCUACUGGGUAUCUAUGCAGCAUCGUUCUUCAUUCCAUCGAUUUUUACCGCAUUUGUUGGCGACAUGAUUUCUACAAAGCUGGGCCGUCGCUGGUGUAUUCUGAUCGCCAACGCCAUCCUUCUGGUCGGCGCCCUUGUCAACACUUUCGCAGUGUCCGUGGGCAUGUGGUGCGGUGGUCGUGCAAUCAUGGGCACUGGGGUCGGCAUAGUCAAAGUUGCAACUCCGGUCUUGAUCCAGGAGAUUGCUCAUCCCCGGCUUCGACCUAUCCUGGGCUCCUGUUACCAAACUUUCGCCUACAUGGGCAUUGCCUUUGCUGCUUUCAUGACAUUCGCUGGACUUUAUGUGCCUGGUGACUGGGGAUGGCGAUUCCCUUCCAUCCUCCAGGUAGUCGGUCCCAUCGCAGUCAUAACCGUUGUGCUAAACUGUCCCGAAUCCCCACGUUGGCUCAUCAAGAACGGACGAGCUGAGGAAGCGCACAACAUCCUCGCCGCUCUUCACGCCAACGGCGACAGGGACGACCCAUUGGUUCUCCUUGAGGUGAAGGAGAUUACGCAAGCCAUCGAACGUGAAAGUCAUAUGCAGAAAGCGUCAUUCUUGGACUUCCUGCGUACCCCAGGGAACAGAAGACGCUUGGUCGCUCUCAUAGCAAUGGCCUGUUCCCUCAACUGGAUGGGCAAUGGUAUUAUCACAUAUUUCCUGUCACCCAUCCUCAAGUCUAUUGGCAUCACCGCACCGAUUCAGAUUACUCUAAUCAACGCCGGUCUUGCUAUUUGGAACCUGAUUCUGGCCGGAAUCACUGCAGUGUUCUGUGAUAAAGUAGGCCGUCGGCCAUUGUUCCUCAUGUCCAUCGUCGGGAUGUUGUGCUCCUAUAUUGUGGUCAUGGGCUUGUCCGCAGGUUUUGCCAACACCAAGAAUCAUUCGAUGGGAGUUGCAGUAAUCCCUUUCUUGUUUAUUUACUUCGGAUUCUACGACAUGGCAUUCACUCCUCUUCCGGUCGCGUACACUGUCGAGAUCUUACCCUUCAGUAUCCGAUCCACGGGCAUGGCUCUCUUCACCAGCUUUGCCACCCUCGGAAACUCUUUCAACCAAUUCGUCAAUCCCAUUGCGCUCGGUGCCAUUGGCUGGAAAUACUACGCCGUCUACGUCGCUAUUCUCUUCUUCUACCUCGGUCUGGUCUAUUUCAUGUUCCCAGAGACCAAGCGACUCUCUGCUGAGGACGCGUCCCGAGUCUUCGACUACGACCGCAAAGGCCGUCUUCUGGGUAAGGUGAAUGAUGAUCAUCCUGAGAAUGGUGUGAACCAGCCGGAAGAUGAGGGGAAAUGUGCGGUGUCAGCGAUUGAGAACCGGGAAAAACCUUAA